GCCCAGCCCUUAUAAACUCACUCCUGUCUGGUUCUUUGUCAUACGGAGUGAACAUGGAUCCACAAUCUGAAGGAAAUGAGGUGCGUAUUAUCCUGGUUGGGAAAACAGGAUGUGGGAAGAGUGCCACAGGAAAUACCAUCCUUGGAAAGAAGGUUUUUCAACAAGAAUCAAGCUUCAAGUCAGUGACCAGGCAGUGUAAGAAAGCUACUGAAAUUGUUGGAGAUAAAGAAGUCACAGUGGUGGACACUCCUGGAUGGUGUGAUACGGAGCUAUCUGAUGAAGAGCUUAAGGAGGAAGCAGUCAAGUGCAUCGACCUGGCCUACCCUGGACCUCAUGUCUUUCUACUUGUGUUAUGGAUUGGUCGUUUCACAAAUGAAGAGAAAAAAACAGUCCAGAAAAUACGGGAGGUCUUUGGUGAAGAUUCCAAUAAAUACACAAUGAUCCUGUUCACAAGAGGUGACGAUCUGGAGGGAAACAAACGUAUCAAUGACUAUGUAAGUGAGGCUACACCAGAUCUUAAAGCUUUAGUUAAUGAGUGUGGGGGCAGAUAUCAUGUUUUCAACAAUAAAGAUGAAAACCGUAACCAAGUAACAACACUCCUUAAGAAGAUCCAAAAUAUGAUGAGAAACAACAAUGGGCAGUGCUUUUCUAAUACGACAUACCAACAAUUACAAAAAUACAAAACAAGAGAAGCUGAGUUAAAGGAGCAAAUCAAAUUACUGGAGGAGGAGAAUAAACACUACAGGCAGAGAGAGGCAGAGCAACAACUAAAACAACAACAACAGCAACGAGUCAAAAAAUUGAUUGACCAGUUUACAAUAACAAAUAAGCAAACGGAAGACGAAAGCAGAAACAAUAAGCAAAUAGAAGAAGAGCAAAGAAGCAGAUUCAAAGCUGAACUAACACAGCAGCUGGAAAAAAGGAUUGCUGAAAGGGAAGCAAUGUAUAAAUCUCAACAAGAAAGCUGGAGUUGCUGUAUUUCAUGAAAGCCUUGUUAAUCUAGAGGUUUUUUAAAAGUUUUCAGAAUUACUCAUAAUGUACCUCAAUGAUAAAAUAUUUUGGAUUUUAAAAACAGACACUUACUAUCAAAUCUAUUCACGCUUUUAAAAACACAUCAUUUAUAUUCUCUCUUUAAUUCUGUCUGCUGCAUGAUUAAAAACCUUUAAAAAAUCUGUAUAACUGUUUAGUAAAUCAGACAAAAUUGUGUUCUUAAAUUGCAUCAUAAAUUCAGUGUAAUUUUUUGUCUCAUAUGUAGCGACUUUCAUCCUGCACAACAAAAACAUUGCUCACUUUCUCACUUUAGUGGAAAGGAC